AUGCCGCAAUUCUGGUGCACAGUACACCCCAUUGAUGGACAAUGUUUUGCUGGGGUAAAAAGGCUCGGAAUAAGGGGCUACAAGUAUGGGAAAUUAUCAGGGCAAAAACUCUCCGUCCUCAACCCUUCCUCCCUAACGCAUCUUUAUAUCACCAAUGCAGGGAUAAUCGAAUUGGACAACAAAACAUUCGAAGCCUUUUUUAGGCUACAAAGUCUGAAUCUAGACAAUAACUUGUUAACACACAUCCCUAGACACUGGUAUACUGUUGUACACUCCCCGUUUCAGCUGCACAAACUAUCGAUUUCAAAGAAUCACAUCUCAAGUUUAGAUCCGGGGUGCUUUGAAACACUGACUGGCCUUGAUACGUUAGACUUACGGCAUAACUUGUUGCGAGAAGUACAUAGUCACUGGCUGGUAGGGAUGAACAACCUAAGAACACUACUUCUUAGUGGUAACAGAAUCCAAACAAUCCUUCCACAUACAUUCGAUUCGCUGAAACGGCUGCAGCAUUUGGACUUCAGUAACAACGAAUUAGUGUGUCUGCGAAAGGAAACAUUUCUGACUCCAAAAAAACUUUUUAGAGUCGUCCUUGGUGGAAAUAAGAUUCUUGCCUCCAAGUCAGACACUGUGCACAGAAUGCCCUGGCAUGUGGUGCUAGAAAGUUGCGGAUUAUUAGACAUACAUGUAGAGCAAGAUAAUCAUCAGUGGAUACGACUUGAGGCCAACAGCAUGGUUCUACAUAUCAUUUAUGAGCCGUCUACGGACUUGUUUUCUAUUGAUUGGUUCAACACGUUGGCCUACAAGUCUAAGGUGCCGAUCAAUCUGGACUCGUGUAACCCGCUAAGCAAAAUGUAUCGGUUGGGUCACUUUAGAGCUUAUCCUCCGUUUGUUGUCGUAGUGAAGAACAGCGAAGCUAGUGCGGAUACAUCGCCUUUGACUCAAUGUUCUGAGUCAUGGGAAGAGUCUGGUAGUAUUAGUUUUACUUUAAAGGGUGCAUCUAACCUGCAAAUCUAUGGGAUAAAUACUAGUAGUAAGUUACGAGCGACUUCAGCGAAAGUGAAGGCUUUUAGCAUUGUGGCAACCACGACAAAAAAUCGAACAACAACUGACUCUCAAAGUGCAGGCAAGGCCGACGACCCUGGCAGAAACCUUGACACUUCAAGAGUGGCCUGUUUUUCCAUCACUCAUGAUGAGAUGCAAACACCUUAUUUCUUCAACGCAUCAGUGCCAAAGCAAGAGAAGUCGUAA